UAAUUAGGGUUGGCGUUGUAGGUGAACAUAUAUGGAAAGGUCAGAGAAACAAAGAUACAAUACUCCCGUAUGAACCCAACCACCCACUAAUCACCGAUCAAACUAUCAAUACAGCAACAAUCUGCAAGAAUAAUCAGCCUUAAUUACAGCUGGCUUGAUCUGCUUAUUAAGUACUUAUGACCUUCCAUGGACUUUUAUUAAUUGACAAACCCGUUGUUCUUACAUUAAAAUCUUUCCGAAUCGAGUUAUUAUUACUUGUUAUGCCUUAUAGAAGUAACAGUUAUUCUAGAAGCUCAAGGUUCUUGCUUCUGCAAAAUCCUCUGGUUCUGCUCAUUCACCAUGUCCAUGACGCCUAGAUGGAGCAGAAAGAAACCCCAUUUCCCUUUGCUUGCAGUUCUUCUCCUGGUUUUUAUAGCUUGUUCAAUUCUCUACAAUGAAUUCAGCAUUCAACAAAUCCAUGAAAGCCCCGAUCAUGUUACUCGAAGCAGUCAACAAACUCCAUUUACUUAUGUAAAACCAAAUCUUCCAAAAGGAGCUUCAGAGGUUUUGGAUAGAUUCAGUAGUUGCAACUCUACUAGGAGCUACAGUGGGAAGAAAAUUCGGUGGGUUGACCCAGAUGCAGAAUCGGGUCGGCGGAGGAGUAUAAGCCAGGAGAGCUGUGAUAUUUUCUCUGGAAAAUGGGUGUUUGAUAACGAAUCGUAUCCGCUUUACAAAGAGUCCGACUGUCCAUAUAUGUCGGACCAGUUGGCAUGUCAUAAGCAUGGAAGGUCUGAUUUGCAAUAUCAGUACUGGAGAUGGCAGCCUCAUAACUGCAAUUUGAAGAGAUGGAAUGUGACUGAAAUGUGGGAGAAGUUGAGAGGGAAGAGGCUAAUGUUUGUGGGGGAUUCUCUGAAUAGAGGUCAAUGGAUAUCAAUGGUGUGUUUGUUACAGUCGGUGAUCCCAGCAAAUAAGAGAUCCAUGACUCCUAAUGCUCAGCUUACCAUUUUCAGGGCAGAGGAAUAUAAUGCCACAGUGGAAUUUCUUUGGGCUCCACUUCUGGUUGAAUCUAAUUCUGAUGACCCAGUGAAUCACAGAUUGGCUGAACGAACUAUCCGUCCAGAUUCAGUACUCAAGCAUUCAUCACAGUGGGAGCAUGCAGAUAUACUAGUUUUUAACUCAUACUUGUGGUGGAGACAAGGCCCAGUUAAGCUGUUAUGGAGUGCUGAGGAAAAUGGAGCCUGUGAGGAACUCGAUGGACUAGGAGCAAUGGAGUUGGCCAUGGGAGCUUGGGCAGAUUGGCUAGCAUCGAAAGUCAUUCCCCUGAAGAAACGUGUCUUUUUUGUUACUAUGUCACCAACACAUUUAUGGAGUCGAGAGUGGGAACCUGGAAGUGAAGGAAACUGCUAUAAUCAGAAGACACCUAUCAAUGAGGAGAGCUACUGGGGAAGUGGCUCUGACUUGCCUACCAUGCGCAUGGUGGAUAAAGUGCUUUCCCAUUUGAGUUCAAAGGUAUCUGUUAUCAAUAUUACUCAGCUCUCAGAAUAUCGAAAAGAUGGCCACCCUUCCAUCCAUAGAAAAUUUUGGGAGACACUGAGCCCCCAGCAAUUGGCAAACCCUGCAAGCUACUCUGAUUGCAUACACUGGUGCUUACCGGGCGUGCCUGAUGUGUGGAAUGAAUUAGUAUUCCAUUUUUUGUAAAAAUAAAUGAAUAAUUGAAAUUCUUUUAGUGGCUUUACAUAAGCAAUAGGAAAAAGAAAGUUUAAUUGUGAAUUCUUUGCCAUUUCUGGAAUGGGAAUGACAACUGUGUCCGCUCUUGGAUGGUUGAGUGAAAUGAUUGCUUAUAACAACAGAAAUUGUAUUUCUUUUUUUGUUUGUCUAGAACUUGAAUGCCAGAGGGCAUGAAGACUUUUACAUAUCUUAAUACGUCUGACCAUGUACAAGGUGAUUCUCUAGAUUCAUCGGAGAUGAUGGCAAAUUUGACUUUGGCUAUUUUCUUCUGGAAGCAACUUGUGUAAUACCUUUCUGAUGCCUAUUGUUGCAUUGCCUACCCUUGUGCUUUUGGGUCUGGGGAUAAAGAAUGAGAAACAAUUCUAGGUGACACAUGCCUCCAUGAUACAAAAAUUCUAAGUGACACAU